AUGGCAGACCACCCACCAGCAGUUUUUGACCCACAUUUGGCUGAAGAAGUAGGAGAGAAGAUCUACCGACCAGGGAUGCUGGACACCGGUGCCGACGUGACCAUCAUUUCCCACUCAGAAUGGCCAGAACACUGGGAACUACAACCAGUAGCAGGCAUGAUUUCAGGGAUUGGUGGAGCUACAGUGUCUAUGCAAAGCAAGAACAACAUCCUCAUCGAAGGGCCGAAGAACCAGUUUUACACAAGAGCAGCCUCCACAGCCCGGCACCUGUACCUGUGCAGCGGCGCCAGCGUGGGCUCCAUGGCCAAGGUGCACCAGAGCCGGCAGACCUGCGGGGUCCAGCCCGGCCACUUCAGCCGCGGCUCGGGCACCGUGGCCCGCUGGGUGCUGCCCGCGAUCGAGGCACCCAAAGCAGUCGAAAAGGACCAAGACGAGAGCCAGAAGAUGACUCCGCAGAGGCAGCGGGACCUGCAUCUCAUCGCUGCGCAGGUCACCACUGGCACCAACAGCCACUGA